GUGUAGGUGAAAUGGUAGAGCCUCAGGGGAAAUAGAUGCUGUGCUCUUAUGCUGAAGUUUAGCACUUUGUCCUGACUGGUUCUCUAGCAGCAGUGCGAUGGGCUACUCCUUGUACACUUACAAAGUCAGCAUGCUUCUUGCCGCUCACAUUUAUGCCUAAUCCGGAGGGCAACCUGGAGCUAGGUAAAGGCUGCAGAAGUGUGUGGACAAAGGACACCGACUGCAAAUAUUUGAAAAGCAAUCAGUGGAGCAGUCUUUGAAACAACAAAGGGAAGCAUUCAUCAAGAAGAGGCCCUGUGGCAGGGUACUUCCAGUUUCCAUGUACUUAAAAUAAUCCACUGGAUUGAAUAAAUACACCUCAGAAAUUUAAGUAUUUCCCUGGAAAGAGUUUCCAGAUUGUUUGAACUUCUCUGGCCGCACAAUACAGGAGGGAAGACUGAAGCUGCAUAGGGACCUACAGCGUCUGCAGCAUGGGCUGGUUCGCUAGGAUUGUCUGUCUUUUCUGGGGAGUAUUACUUACAGCAAGAGCGAACUAUCAAAAUGGGAAGAACAAUGUGCCAAGACUGAAAUUAUCCUACAAAGAAAUGUUGGACUCCAACAAUGUGAUCACUUUCAAUGGCUUGGCUAAUAGCUCUAGUUAUCAUACCUUUCUUUUGGAUGAGGAACGGAGUAGACUGUAUGUUGGAGCAAAGGAUCACAUAUUUUCAUUCAACCUGGUUAAUAUCAAGGAUUACCAAAAGAUUGUGUGGCCAGUAUCUUACACCAAAAGGGAUGAAUGCAAGUGGGCUGGAAAAGAUAUCCUGAAAGAAUGUGCUAAUUUCAUCAAAGUGCUUAAAACUUAUAAUCAGACCCAUUUGUACGCCUGUGGAACAGGGGCUUUCCAUCCAAUUUGCACCUAUAUUGAAAUUGGACAUCAUCCUGAGGACAACAUUUUUAGAUUGGAAGACUCUCAUUUUGAAAAUGGCCGUGGGAAGAGUCCAUAUGACCCUAAACUGCUGACAGCAUCUCUUUUAGUAGAUGGAGAACUGUACUCUGGAACAGCAGCUGAUUUUAUGGGGCGAGACUUUGCUAUCUUCAGAACUCUUGGUCAUCACCACCCUAUAAGGACCGAGCAACAUGAUUCUAGGUGGCUCAAUGAUCCAAGGUUCAUUAGUGCUCACCUCAUUCCAGAAAGUGACAACCCUGAAGAUGAUAAAGUUUAUUUUUUCUUCCGUGAAAAUGCCAUAGAUGGAGAACACACUGGAAAAGCCACUCAUGCUAGAAUAGGUCAGAUUUGCAAGAAUGACUUUGGAGGCCAUAGAAGUCUGGUGAAUAAAUGGACAACAUUCCUCAAAGCUCGUCUGAUUUGUUCAGUACCAGGUCCAAAUGGCAUUGAUACACACUUUGAUGAAUUACAGGAUGUAUUCUUAAUGAAUUCAAAAGAUCCUAAAAAUCCAAUUGUAUAUGGAGUAUUUACAACUUCCAGUAACAUCUUCAAGGGAUCAGCUGUUUGUAUGUACAGCAUGAGUGAUGUGAGAAGGGUGUUCCUUGGUCCCUAUGCUCACAGAGAUGGUCCUAAUUAUCAGUGGGUGCCUUUUCAAGGAAGAGUCCCAUAUCCACGACCUGGAACUUGCCCCAGUAAAACAUUUGGUGGAUUUGAUUCUACAAAGGAUCUUCCUGAUGAUGUUAUAACAUUUGCAAGAAGUCAUCCAGCCAUGUACAACCCAGUGUUUCCUAUUAAUAACCGCCCAAUAAUUAUCAAAACAGAUGUAAAUUAUCAGUUUACACAAAUUGUGGUAGAUCGAGUGGAUGCUGAAGAUGGUCAGUAUGAUGUCAUGUUUAUUGGGACAGAUAUUGGGACUGUUCUGAAAGUAGUAUCAAUUCCUAAGGAGACUUGGCAUGACUUAGAAGAAGUUCUGCUGGAAGAAAUGACAGUUUUUCGGGAACCAACUGUUAUUUCUGCAAUGAAACUUUCCACUAAGCAGCAACAAUUGUACAUUGGCUCCACUUCCGGGGUUGCCCAGCUCCCUUUACACCGAUGUGAUAUUUAUGGGAAAGCCUGUGCUGAAUGCUGCCUGGCCAGAGACCCUUAUUGUGCCUGGGAUGGCUCUUCAUGUUCUCGCUAUUUUCCUACUGCAAAGAGACGCACAAGGCGACAAGAUAUAAGAAAUGGUGACCCACUGACUCACUGUUCUGACUUACAACACCAUGGUAAUCAUCAUAGCCACAGCCUUGAAGAAAAAAUCAUUUAUGGAGUAGAAAAUAGUAGCACUUUCCUUGAAUGCAGUCCAAAAUCACAGCGAGCUCUGAUCUACUGGCAAUUCCAGAGACGGAAUGAAGAGCGAAAAGAGGAGAUCAAAGUGGAUGAACAUAUCAUUAAGACAGAACAAGGUCUUCUACUUCGUAGUUUACAGCGGAAGGAUUCAGGCAAUUACCUCUGUCAAGCUGUGGAGCAUGGAUUUAUGCAAACUCUUCUUAAAGUGACCUUGGAAGUCAUUGACACAGAACAUUUGGAGGAACUUCUCCAUAAAGAUGAUGAUGGAGAUGGCUCUAAGACCAAAGAAAUAUCCAAUAUCAUGACACCUAGCCAGAAGGUCUGGUACAGAGACUUCAUGCAACUCAUCAACCACCCUAACCUAAACACAAUGGAUGAGUUCUGCGAACAAGUUUGGAAAAGGGACCGAAAACAACGUAGGCAAAGGCCGGGACAUGCUCAAGGAAAUAGUAACAAAUGGAAGCACUUACAAGAAAACAAGAAAGGUAGAAACAGGAGGACCCAUGAAUUUGAGAGGGCACCCAGGAGUGUCUGAGCAGCAUUACCUCUAGAAACCUCAAACAAAUAGAAACUUGCCUAGACAAUAACUGGAAAAAAAUGCAAUAUACAUGAACUUUUUUCAUGGCAUUAUGUGGAUGUUUACAGUGGUGGUAAAUGCGAUUGAGUUCCACCAAUUAUAAAUUAAGUCCAUAAGUAACUAAUCUAACAGGCUUUCUUCCUAAACCAACACCUAAUAGAGGUUAGAUGAACACAGAUGUUCACUUUAGCAGACUUAAUGUUUCCUAUGAGAUUUCCAUUGUACAGGUUUCAUUUUCUUCUUUGCCUGAGAAAUAAAAAUGUCACUUGCCAUAUUGCCAUCUAAAGAAGAAAAACUGCAUCAGCAAAGCCAUUUUAUUGAACUAAAAGUUUAAAAUAAACUGCAUGGAUUUACCAAGCUGAUGAAUAUUCCAAAAUGGGGUUGGAUUUAAGGAUACUUUGUGUCGACCAGCACUCAUGCUUAUAUGUACUGGAGGAGUAAAAUGAUACUGAAUGAAAUGGUCUGUGGAAAUAUAGAAAAAAAAACAUAAACCAUCCAUCAUCCUGAAGAAAAAUGGAAUACACUGAUCUACUACUGAUGUCUUCUUUCAGCUUUGAUCUAAAUAUGUAUUUUAUUAAAACUAUAAUUUAAAUGUACCAUGACAAAUAUGCAGUAAAAUUAGCUCUUUUCUAAGCUAGAGUAGGUUUUUGUCUUACAAUUACUGUGCUAUAUAGUUUUGUUUGAAAAAUACGAUUGUGUGCUGCUUUAUUUUAAUAUUUUGUUUUCAGUUCUCCAAGAGAUAGACAAUGUUGUUCUAGAAACACAUAUACAUCACUAACAGUUCUUAAAAUCUGGAUAUAGAUUAUGCUUUACUUUUCUGAAGCAUUUAAACAAGUAAUAUCCCCCCUUCUUUAAGUAUUGGAUUUUAUCUAAAUUAAUUUCAACCUGCAUAAUGUUCUUAGAAAGCAGAACAUUUGAUUGGAAUAAAAAGGGAAGAAAGAAAUUGAUUUGUUAGAUGUAUUUUAUUUUACCUGAGGGUGAGUGAAGAGAAAAAGAACUGCAUACCUCAUGAAAAUAUUAAGCAUUGUUUUAAUAUAGUGUUAAUAAAAAUGUCACUUAAUUCUAUUUUAACUCUUGCAAAUUUGAGACUUAAAAGCUUUUAUGAUUCCUUUAGGAAUUGCAACUGUUUCAUUUACUUUUUUAUGAAGAGUGAUUAGUAAUAUUCAGAACACGUUGAAAACAAGUUUGCCAACUGUUUACAUCUGUGUCAGCUGUCUUUUAUCCACCUUGUUUAUUUAUCUGUCUUAUUAGAGAAAACAUGAUUCUUUUCAUGUUAACAGAACUGAAUUUUAUACAAUUUUCUAUAACAGAACUACAUUUAAACACAUAAAGAUUUGCCUUCUAAAGCAACUUACAAAAUAAAGUUAAAUAUUAAUAACUAAGGGCUUUCCUUUUUUAGCUUCAUAAGAAGGUUACUUGAGAAUCAUUGACUCCAAGAUGUGUAUGAUGUUCAAUUACAGCAGUUCCUUUUACACUGCACUUAUCUUUUCAAUAAUGCCUUCCUAGGUUCCUCAUCAUGCUCAAACUUAAAAAGAAACGUCUUAAUGCUAAUUAGUGAAGCAGCAUUGAAAUUUUAACUCUAGUUGGUAUUUUAAUUAACUUGGUAUUAAUUUUUCACCUUUUGCUGCAGUACUUUUUAAAAACAGUUAUCUGUUAGCUGAAAUAUUUCACAGGUAGAAGCUCAUGUUUCAGAUUUAAUGAUUAUUUUAAUAAAGAAUUUGUUGAUGCCUAUUCUACGCAAAAGCUAAAAAUAUUUUAAAUUCAGUUUUAAGCUCCAUUGAUCAGUAUGGUAUCACUUUUUGAGGUACAUCCUCAAAUGUUAGUUGAAAUGUUAAAUUAUUUGUAGGGCACACUACUACAGAAAAAAUAAAUCAUGUGAAAUGUAAAUCCAAGUACAAAGUGCCCCCAAAAUAAAUCAUUCUUUUUGCUUUCAUAAGACAUUUAAAAUUUUCUAAAAUUCAAUGUUGCAUUUCAUUCUAAACUUGGACAUGAGACAAAUAUAUUUGUGAGAACAGAAGUAUUUCUUUCCUAUUGAUCCUUAAAAUAUUUAAAGGGAUAGAAAUAGUAUAUUAGCUACAAGGAUGCCUUCCAAUAUUUGAAUGCAUUUUACUUAGCAUUAUGGAAUACUAUUAGAAAAUCUAUACCUUAAGGGAAAUAAAAAUAAAUCCAGUGGCAUGUCUUUAUAAAUCAACCAAUCUACAUUUUCCAAAGAAAGCUAUAGAUAUCACUUGCAGGUAAUUACUCUUACUAUAGUCAAUCUUCUGCCAAUGUGAACUGAGAGGGAACAGUUUGCACGAAAUUCUUUAAAAUCUCAUUUUAUUGAGUUCUAAUAAACUUUGACAAGUGCAUGAUCAUCAGAGUUGAAACUUUGUUAGGAGACUCACAUGACCUUAAGCAAAAUUUAAGGUAAGACAAUGGCAGAUCACAGAAGGAAAGUGUGGCGUAGUUAUAAUCAAAUGGAUAAUGCAAAUGCAUGUAAAUGCACACUUAAUGCUUCUUUUAUGAUUUAUUUAGUGUUUUCAAUGGUAUGUGUUUAAGAUUUUGCUACCUACACAGUAGACAAAAAAUAUGUAAAUAAUUUUGAGAAAAAGAGGAAGAGCUAUGUAAAAUGCAAAUUUUUAUAGGUACUCUAUUUCAAUGUGCUUAACAUCAUUCUAAAAUGCAAGAUUAUCCAACACAAAUGACAAGGUGGUUUAUGUGGUACUUCAAGGCAAAAGGCAUGUGUCCAUUCUCUAAGCAUGUUUGCUGCCAGGUAGUAAAUAUGUUCCAUAUCUGUAUCACUGCAUUUCAGAUGGGAACUAGAAAACUGGAGAAUAAAAUGUACUGAAACUGCUGCUGUAAAUUAUUCCUUUUAGCAUGUAUUUGGUUGAAAAAUACACAUUUCUUCAAACUA